AUGGCUUGCAUGGAGCUUCUCUACCUGGCCGAGGAGAGCAGGCAGGCGCCCCUGGGCACCGCCGCCGGCUGGAGCCUGCCAUCCCCUCCCUACGAGCAGCAGCAGCAGCCUGAGGGGGGUGAAGUGGACCCCAGAGCAGCCACUGCCGUGGCAGCCCUGCACUGCGAAAGGCAUUGCAAGCCCUUGCAGAGGAGCCCUGUGGCUGAGACCCCCCCGAGCACCUCUCCCUGGGAGCACCCUGCACCCCCAGGCACCUCCCAGCCCUGCCACCCACCCGAGCACUUGCCCAGGGAAGAGGACGGAGGGAAGAAGAAAGCCUGCUGCUGUGCCCAGGAACUCGAGACAUCAUUCACCUACGUGGAUGAAAAUGUAAACCUGGAGCAUGCAAGAAGUCCCCCCAGUCCUACAGGCGGCCGCUGCCAGGAUGCCCCUCUGCAGCAGCGUUCCUGCAGGGAGCUGCCACCUGAGUGGGUGCACGACUCUCCUUCCCUGGUCUCUGAGGAGGACGACGCUGCCUCGGAGGUGGCGGCCGGGAAAUCCGUGGACUACGGGUUCAUUAGUGCCAUUUUGUUCCUGGUGAGUGGCAUUUUGCUGGUGAUCAUUUCCUACGUGGUACCCAGAGAUGUGACUGUGGAUCCCAACACCGUGGCUGCCCGGGAGAUGGAGAGGUUGGAGAACGAGAGUGCUAGGAUCGGGGCUCACUUGGACCGCUGUGUUAUCGCUGGGCUGUGUCUCUUAACCCUGGGGGGAGUGGUGCUCUCCAGCCUGCUGAUGAUGUCCAUGUGGAAAGGGGAGCUGUACCGGAGGAGCAGGUUUGCGUCCUCCAAGGAGUCUGCGAAGCUCUAUGGGUCUUUCAAUUUCAGAAUGAAGUCUGGUGCAAACGAUAAUGUGCUCGAGCUGUCGUUAGUUGAGGAAGAUGUGCUUGCCAUAGAUAAUUAGUGUGGUCAUGAUUUUUAAGGUAGCGUUUCUACAGGAAAAUAUGUUUCAUUAAAGAAAACAGAUGCGGCUAAAGAUAGCUGGUGAUGCAGUUUAUUUGUCUGACAAGAAUGGUUUUUUCUUAAGCUCCAUAAUCGAAUGUUUGCAGUAUAUGAGCAGUUGUUGUAAAGGGAAAAUGUGCCAGAGAAAAUGCAACUGAUAGAAAAUAAUGAAAGCUACUGAAUAAAAAGAGAUUUGUGAUAA